AUACGCAGUCAAGUGGUGUGUGUCCGAGAUGGGGGAAGUCUAACCGGCGUCGCGUCUUUUAUCACUUUACUCCAUGGUAGAGCAACCGUGUAUACGUGCUCGUGCUACUAGCAACAGCCACUGUAAAGGGUUGCUGGAUCAAUGUUGAUUUCACAAAAAGUCUGGUCAACGAUACUUUUCGUGCUUUGUGCUCCACAUUCAUCUUAUGAACUUCAAACAUACAGUCUCCACAAUCAAACAUGCUUUUGACUUUUAGGACAUUUCUAGUGGUAUACUUAAGAAAGUGUCAAUAACCAGGUACAUAGCAUCUUGUGGAGCUUCAAACGAGUCACAAAACGGACAACCCCUUGAGAGUAAACGACGCGAGAUCAAAAGAAAAUUGACUUUAGGAUUUUAGGAUUUCUACUCGAGUGUACGUAAACACUGUAUUGAAAUUCAAUGGCUUUGUACCAAGCGUGACUUGUAACUGUUGUACAUGGUGGUUAAUUACAUCGCUUCUGUGCAACGAGUCGGAAGACGAUGACCUAAAGGACUUGCGUUGGCUAGAGGUUAAAGAUCAGUGAUCAUGAAGUUACUUCUCAUAACGGUUCUGCUUUUGCUUCUCAAGAAGUCAAUUGGGAUAGAUUACUGCUACAACGCACUACCCGAAAUGGAAUAUCGUGUCAUGUUUCACACACAUCAAGUCAACGAGAGCUGGUGGGCGCUUAGCGGUAAUCUAACGUGGAAUUUUCACACGUCAGGAAUUGACGGGUAUACAGUGAGGUUAUUCAGAAGGGAGAAUGUAGAUAUACAGCCAGAAGCUCUUCCUAUUACCAAAUGCUCUUUGUCUGGACUGCACACCACGUUGAGACCAUUUUAUGACUUCGAAAGUCUUCAGUAUGGAUACAAAUACGUGUUUGGAAUUUCGACCUUCAAUCGGACAACUAACAAGCGACUCACGAGUGAGAAAAUGAAAGAAUUCACGACGCCUGACUGUUAUCUCGAAACUGGUGACGAAGAAUUCUGCAGAACACAAAGUUUCGGCAUUACAGGCGUUCCGGUAGACUUUCACCUCGACUGUGCAGUGACGGUAGAUGGCAGUGAGAAUCAGUCAAUGACGUAUUCAGUGGUCUUGUCCUGGACUCCACCUGUACAAGUUCGUUGGGGUGUCAUCGGCUAUGACCUCAAAUACGGCUUUGCGCAUUUGGACCCGACUACCUUUAAGUCGUUGGAACGAACAGUGGCUGAUAAUGAAACAGUGGUUUAUACAACACAGAUAUAUGAUUUGCAGACGAAUAACAAUUACACCGCGUUGCUGAAAGCAUUUACUGAUGGAGGAACCCACAGUGCAUUCACGUCAUUAAACUUCAGCACAUCCAGCGAGGUUACAAACUUUACCCUCCCGAAUCCCAAAUGUGUGAAGUUGCUACCACCGCCCUAUGACAUGACAACCGACCGGACGCCGCGAAUGAAACCAACAUCUAAGACGGCUGCAUUUGUCAUCGGGUUGCUCCUUCCAGCAGCUACCGUUUUCAUUGUCGUUCUGGUCGUAUACUACAUCAAGAAACGAAGGGGAUUGGCCGACUCGAAGGAGGCCAUAUUCGUCCGGUAUCCGGGGAACAGCAGUUGCAGAAAAAGCUCAUAUUUAAGUAAAGAUCCGUCUGAUGAGCCAUUAGACGAUUUCACUGAGCCAGACGCGGAUUUCCAGUGGAAGGAAAUAGAUCGCUCCCUGCUGAAGAUCAAUGAGAAACUCGGCAACGGGCAGUUUGGUAUCGUUUAUCAAGGGACUCUAUCUCCGAAGGAUUGCCAGCUGAAGAAGUUUGCUCCAAAACAAGUUGCAGUUAAGAGCCUUAAAUUAAACGCUACACGUGCGAUGAAAGAGGACUUUCUGGAUGAAAUCAAGCUUAUUAUAGACAUCGGAACCCACCCUAAUAUCUUAUGUGUCCUUGGCUGCUGUACGGUGGACGAGCCGUUCUACCUCAUCACAGAGUUCAUGAAGUAUGGCGAUCUCCUACAUUUCCUAUGGAAAUGCAGAGACGAGAAGUACCAAGCCGAAGACAGCACCCACUGCCUGACGGAGACCGGUCAGCUGCAGAUAGCUCGGCAGAUUGCUCGUGGUAUGGAAUACCUUUCCAAUACUCGAUAUUACCACGGUGACCUAGCAGCCAGGAAUAUUCUCAUUGGUGAAGGUCUAGUGGUCAAGAUAUCCGACUUCGGCAUGGCGGCUGAUAUCUACCAGAGGGGGUAUCAACGGCUCGGUCAGGACAAAAAGAGACCUUUAAAAUGGGUCAGUUUGGAAACCAACAUCAAAGGCACAUGCUCCAUCAAAAGCGAUGUGUGGUCGUUUGGCAUCGUAUUGUACGAGAUUUAUACCCUUGGCGGCGUGCCAUACCCUGGUUUGGAUGGUUUUGAAGUCGUCCGUAAGCUGGAAGACGGGUAUCGAAUGGAGCAGCCUGACGAAUGCCCAGACGGAAUAUACCCCGUCAUGCUGGAAUGCUGGCACGAGAAGCCUGAUCUUCGGCCCACCUUCACUGAUCUCUUCAACAAACUAGACAACAUGCUGGGCGAGAUGAGUUCGGAUUACUUCAAUGAGCUUGACUUCGACCCCGACCCCGACAACGUCUCCCACACUACGGAUACCACUACGACCUACGCUUACGAGAACCAAAACUUGGAUACCAGACCUCUACCGUGCAGCGCUGGGGACGAGGAUGCUCCGUAUGAUUCACUACAGAUUCAUGGAUGGAAACAAGUGCCUCGUGUGACGGUGGAGUGUGUAGAUAGCGGUCAGAUUGGCUCAUUGGCAUCAAAGGACUAUGUGGAGUAGCAGUUAGACUGUCAGUUCGGAUUGGUGCUCCUUUCAUGUAUAUAUUGGGCUACCAUUUGAGGUAUCCUUCUUUUAAAGUACUUCAAGUGCACUUCUUUGUU